CGGGCGCGCUAAAUCUAGCUGCAGUCUGCAACUUUCUUACUCCUGCGGUACCCUAACAAAUUUUAAUUCCUCUCUGACUGUCUUCAACACACGUACACAAAAAAAGCAGACAUGGGUGACGAGACUGAGUACAUCAAGCUGAAAGUUGUCGGCCAGGACUCUAACGAAAUUCACUUCAGAGUCAAGCAGACCACUCAGAUGGGUAAACUCAAGAAGUCCUACAGUGAGAGAGUUGGUGUCCCAGUCAGCUCUCUUCGAUUUCUGUUUGACGGUCGCCGAAUUAAUGAUGAUGAGACCCCAAAGGCCCUAGAGAUGGAACAAGACGAUGUUAUUGAGGUUUACCAGGAACAGACUGGAGGAGUGUGUACAGUUCUUCUGCUGGGAGCUUCAGACGAAUCUUAGAAUUUGUUUGAGAUAUGUGAGUUCAAUUUCAAACGCUGUAUGUGUAAAUAAGAUUCAAAAUAUAGCAUUAGAUUCAAAA